AUCACAAUCCUCAACCACUUUCUGUUUCUUCCCAACGAUUCAAAUUCCUUCGACAAAAUUACAGUCGCCAAAUUUCGACGAUGACAGCAGUCGCUGAUUCUGAUGAUGAUUGUCGCCGGAUUCUUGCCGGAUUCCGAUGGUGACCACCUAUUUUCUCCCUUCUGGCGACGACAAUAAUUACAGUCACUGGUUUUUCUUACGACGACGAUGACAACCAACUUUAUUCUUGAUGUUGGAUCAACGUCUUCGGAUUUGUUUUACCAAAUCAGAGACGUACCCUGAGCCCGUACCAGCGCCGCGUUGGGAUGGAUUCAUCAGCGAAAUCAAUGAGUCCGCACAACAUAACUCCUAGGAAUUAGGGAUUGAUUAGAUUCUUUUGAUCUUCUUGUUCACCUAUAAAUAUUGUGCAACUCUAUGAAUAAAAACAUAUUUUUGCAGUAUCUAAACAUUCAUGGUAUCAGACUUAGAAUUUUUGCCCUAAUACCAUAUGGCCAAAAUAGCUUCUCAGGGAGAAUAUGGAAUAUCAAAAGAAGACAAAAUGUCUUCUUUGGAAGCUCCAAAUCAUAUGACUCAAGGAGGCAAUGUUUCUCACAUGCCCUUCCAGUUAACUUCUCAUCGAUUAAAUAGGAAGAACUGUCUGAAAUGGGCACAAUUGGAAGAGUUUGCAAUCGAUGAUCGUAAAAAGUUGGGACAUCUAACUGGAAAGACGAAAAAGUCGAAAAUCGGAGACCCAAAGAUGAACACGUGGAGAUUAGCAUGUUGUUUUGAUAUCUGAAAAUGGAAUUACUUCCGAGGAUACAUUGCAUUAUUAUGUUGUUUCAUUCAGUUCUCUUAUUUACCUUCUAUUAUAAAAAAAUCUGCCUUUUCUAUUCCUUUCAUAUAUUGCGUGUUGAAUUGUUGUGUAGAAGCACCAAAGGAUUGGUGCUAUGUAGUAUGUGAUAAGGGCAAAGGAUCCAUGUUGCAUGCUUCUGAAAAGAUUUGUCAAAGCAUUGCGCCACCAAGGAAACACAAUAAGUUUCCUGGUUCUCAUGGUAUUAAUUGGGAAAAGGAGGUACGGACUGGGAAAAUGAAGUAUCUGCCUAUUGAAGAAGCACUCAGUCUGCCAUCGAGCCUCAAUGAAAAGGGAAAUCCACUGAACAUCAUUGGCUCCUCAAGAGUUGUGAAAACAAAAUCUAUGGCAACCGGGACUCGAGGGAGUUUUAGCACGUCUGGAGCUCAAACUUCAAAUUCUUUUCCUGCGAAGAGCCCACUACAACAGCUUUUAGGGUCAGCAAGAUAUACAAAUCCUCAGAAUGUCAAAAACACUAAAAUCACAGAAUGGAUCAAAAACACGGUACAAGCUUCAAAAGGUUCUGGUGAGCUUAAGAGUCCCGGUGCUGCCAAUGAGAGUCCAUUGAUGAAUCAAAUUAUGACACACCCUUGUGAUCCUGUGUUAGCUCAUUCCUGGAAGUAAGUACCCUUUAUCACGUACUUUAAUUAGUAACAUAAGUUGA